GCCAGGUGAUCGCCAUGAUCAAAGGCCUCCAGGUCCUCAUGGGCAGGAUGGAGAGCGUCUUCAACCAGGCCAUCAGGAACACCAUCUACGCGGCCCUGCAGGACUUCGCCCAGGUGACGCUGCGUGAGCCCCUGAGGCAGGCCGUGCGGAAGAAGAAGAACGUCCUUAUCAGUGUCCUGCAGGCAAUUCGAAAAACCAUCUGUGACUGGGAGGGGGGCCGAGAGCCCCCCAAUGACCCGUGCUUGAGAGGGGAGAAGGAUCCCAAGGGGGGAUUUGACAUCAAGGUGCCCCGGCGUGCUGUGGGGCCCUCCAGCACACAGGCCUGCCAGUGGUCCCCGCGGGCUUUGUUUCACCCCACUGGUGGUACACAGGGCCGAAGAGGCUGCCGAUCCCUGCUGUACAUGGUGCGGACCAUGCUGGAAUCACUCAUCGCAGACAAAAGCGGCUCUAAGAAGACACUGAGAAGCAGCCUCGAUGGACCCAUCGUCCUUGCCAUAGAGGACUUCCACAAACAGUCCUUCUUCUUCACUCACCUGCUCAAUAUCAGUGAAGCCCUGCAGCAGUGUUGUGACCUCUCUCAGCUCUGGUUCCGAGAAUUCUUCCUGGAGUUAACCAUGGGCCGGCGAAUCCAGUUCCCAAUUGAGAUGUCCAUGCCCUGGAUUCUAACAGACCAUAUCCUGGAAACCAAAGAACCUUCCAUGAUGGAGUACGUCCUCUACCCCUUGGACCUGUACAAUGACAGCGCCUACUAUGCUCUGACCAAGUUUAAAAAGCAGUUCCUGUACGAUGAGAUUGAAGCCGAGGUGAACCUGUGCUUUGAUCAGUUUGUCUACAAGCUGGCGGACCAGAUCUUUGCCUACUACAAAGCCAUGGCUGGCAGUGUCCUGUUGGAUAAACGUUUUAGGGCCGAAUGUAAGAAUUAUGGAGUCAUCAUUCCGUAUCCACCGUCCAACCGCUACGAAACACUGCUGAAACAGAGACACGUGCAGGUACGACAUAUUCCCUCUUACUUUGCCACAACCUCUGUCUUCCAGCCUCUCAACAUUGCCUAUAGCCACAUCUACAGCUCCUACAGGAACUUCGUGGGGCCCCCCCACUUCAAGACCAUCUGCAGACUCCUGGGUUACCAGGGCAUCGCGGUGGUGAUGGAGGAACUACUGAAGAUCGUCAAGAGCUUGCUCCAAGGAACCAUUCUCCAGUACGUGAAAACACUGAUCGAGGUGAUGCCCAAGAUAUGCCGCUUGCCCCGGCACGAGUAUGGCUCCCCAGGGAUCCUGGAGUUCUUCCACCACCAGCUGAAGGACAUUAUCGAGUACGCAGAGCUCAAGACAGACGUGUUCCAGAGCCUGAGGGAGGUGGGCAAUGCCAUCCUCUUCUGCCUGCUCAUAGAGCAAGCUCUGGUGAGUCCUGAGCCCAAAGGCACUGGGGACCCUGACCGCAGCCAGAUACUUGAGGCCCCGCUACCGCGCCCUGCCCGGGAAGCCCUGCGGCAUCGACUCGUGCUCUUCCCGUGCACACGCCUUAUAUCUCCGUUCUGCCUUCACACAGCUCCAACCAUUUGA